AGGAGAGAGUGCAGCUCCGUCAUCGUCUUUACAGAGAGAGAGAGAGAGAAAGAAGAGGGAGGGAAGGGGAGGAGUGUAAAUCAGCAGCUGAGCGAAUGAGAGACAGGGAGAGUGGAGCAGCACAACAAUAGUGGGCUGCUCUUCUGGCUGUGGGCUCACACACACACAGAGAGAGAGAGAGCACAGAGACACACAGACACUCUGUAAACCAGCUGCAGGCAGAAUACAGCUGCCGUAUACAUACAGGCACUACAGGCUGCUCAUUUUUGUUUUCCCUCUCUGUCUCUCUGUGGCGGCCAUUCUUUACAAAACCACAGUGUACUAAAUAUUCACACAGCGGCAUUUUAGGGAUUUUUGUGGUCGCUUCUUUCUUUAUGGGAUUUUAGCCAUAGGUGGACCUACUUAUGGACUUUUUGACAUUUUGGAGUAGCGUGCCUUUUUGUCUUCUGCACUGAGGGUCACUGCCUGGACACUGGAACAGCUGACUUGGGCAGAGUGGACUCGGGCACCACCAGGACUUUUGUCAACUCGGGACUUCUAAAAUCAGAGCGUGGCCAUACCACAGACAGCCCUCUAAGGAAAACACUUUGAAACAAGUGUUUGUUUGCUGUUACAUUUUUGUGCUUUUGUUUCUUGGGGGGUGGUUGAUUGCACCAGAGUCCCCUGGUGUGGACUUGAAGGAGCAACCCAACAGUUGCAUCUGUGUGAGUGAGGGCGAGUGUGUGCUCUGGGGGAUGCCUCUGGAUGUGGUGAUUGCCCCAGCGGAGGACUGUUUUUGGCCGGACCUGCAGGAGACAGACAUGAGGCUGAAGAUCAGGGUCCGCCGGAUGAAGGAGGGCAGAGAGCUGCGAGGAGGUUUCGCCGCCUUCUCCUCCUGUUUCCCCGGCCUGUGUGAAGGAAAGCCUGCGACGGCUCUGCCUAUGAGCUUGUCCCAGCCCUGCUUGCCUGUGGCGAACGUAGGGCCAACCCGCAUCCUGCCACACCUUUACCUGGGCUCACAGAAGGAUGUUCUCAACAAGGAUCUGAUGGCUCAGAAUGGUAUCACGUACGUGCUGAAUGCCAGCAACACCUGCCCCAAGCCAGACUUUAUCAGUGAGAGCCACUUCAUGCGUAUCCCAGUCAAUGAUAACUACUGUGAGAAACUGCUCCCCUGGCUGGACAAAACCAAUGAAUUCAUCGACAAAGCUAAGGUGUCAAACUGCAGAGUCAUUGUGCACUGCCUGGCUGGAAUCUCGCGUUCGGCAACCAUCGCCAUUGCAUACAUCAUGAAGACAAUGGGCUUGUCAUCAGAUGACGCCUACAGGUUUGUGAAGGACCGGAGACCUUCAAUAUCCCCCAACUUCAACUUCCUGGGUCAGCUGCUGGAGUUUGAGAAGGGCCUGCGAUUACUCCAAGCUCUGACCUCUGGCUCCGAUGAGAAGAGUUCAGAGGGGAAAAUUCUGCAAAAAAGCUCAGAGCUGAAUGGGAUCAGCACAGGUUUGGAGGUGAACGGUUACCACGGCAACUCCGAGUCAUCUAUGACAGAGCCACAGAUCCCUCCAGAACCAAAGCUGCCGUCACCCACUUCUCUGCAGCAAGGCUUCAACGGCCUGCACCUCUCUGCAGAGAGGAUCAUGGACACUAACCGGCUCAAACGCUCCUUCUCCCUGGACAUCAAGUCUGUCUACUCCCCCAACAGCCUCCACUGCCCUCGCCUGCCACCCACACACUCAGAGGACGUCCCUAAGCUGUGCAAGCUGGACAGCCCAGGAACAGGCACCUCCAACGGUGUCUGUCCCCAGUUUUCGCCCGUCCUAGACAGCCCCAGCUCCUCUGAUUCACCCUUCCCCUCACCGGGCAGUGGGGGCAGCAUCGGAGGUUUGGGGUUCGGAGGAAGUGAAGGAGUCAUUCGGUCUGGUGGGUCUUCCUCUUCCAGACCCAGAAGGAAAGCCAAGCACAGCCCUGGCUCCGGCUCUGGCUGCAGCGCCAACAGUUCUCCAAUCCACUCUCACCCGCACCAACCCCCCCAGACCCUGAGCCUGUCACUGGGCACCAAGAGUCCCGGCCUGGACGAGAACCUGAAAGGCUCCCUACUCCUGUCCCUACCCUCCCUGCCCACUGUUGGGUCUGGGGCCAUGUGGACCAAACACAGAGACACUGUCCAGGCCACCACACCCGUCACCCCUGUCACCCCCACUGCAGACGCCCCAUGGCACUUCGGGGCAGAGGAGGGCGGUAAGGGAGAAAUGGAACUGGGAGGAGAAGUUGGAGGAGACGUAAGGAGGCAGGAGUCUUCAGUGAGGUUCGGGAGCAGUUCGGCAUAUGUGGCAUUCGGGUGCAGCGAGGGUGUGCGGCUACGAGACAAAUCCCAGAGGGAGAAGUCCUCGGUGCCACAGACGCAAAGAGACCACCGCGACUCACCGUUGCCGUCCGCGAUGACCGUGUCCAACAGUGCAGUUGCAAACAGCAGCGGGCCUGCAUCAGAGAAGCAGUUCAAGAGGCGCAGUUGUCAGAUGGAGUUCGAGGAGGGAAUCUCUGAGACGCGGUCCCGAGAAGAAUUGGGGAAGAUCGGGAAGCAGUCCAGCUUCUCUGGGAGCAUGGAGAUUAUCGAGGUAUCCUGACAGACGGUGGACCAGAUCAGAGCUCGCCCUUGGGGGCAAAAAUGGACCUGGUUAGAGGGAGUAGGAGAAGAGGACAAAUGAGGAGGGGGGACAGAGGAGUAUUUUCUUUGCUCCCCGAUGGACAGUGUUAAAGACUCCAGCUGAGAGAAGGACAAACAGAUUCACAAGCAGAGAGAGAUAAUGUGAAUUGGUUAGCUAGCAAGCUAGCAUGUGCAUCUGGACUCGUGCUGUGCAGCCCUCUGACAGACAAACCAAGCCUCAGAUGUGGUGCUGAGCAGACCGUAACCAUACAGAACUAUCAGACAAAGCUGAAGAAAAGUCUACAGUGGGGGGAAAAGGGGAGGGAGGGGUGGCUGUAGGUACUGAACCUAACUUCAAACUCUUCAUUCGUCUGUGUCUGUCACAGAUAAAAGAAAUGACCCAGGGCAAGUGUCAUGUCGCAUCCUGUGACCCACAGAGCGCCCUUCUUUUGACGCGGGCACCGACACAAACUGUGCUCGGCUUUGGUCAAAUGCAGCGCGCUUCACCGGGUUUAUAGCUUGUGAUUUGAAUCGAGGCCUGUGUUUCCUCCUAAAAAGCUUCACCCUCAGUGUCAGCAAGCCUCAACCCCCUAGCAUGGCUGUGUCUGCCCCCUCCCCCGUGGCUCUGCCUGCAACAGACUCUACAUAACAACGUCAACAACAAUAACAGACUCCUUAACAGCACUGUGCCCUGUUCACAUCACCACAGCACAAAGCAGAGAGAUCCCGCCAGCUCCCUCUCCAUACCAAGGACUAACGCUACAGACGGUACUGCAUCCCAAACAAUGAAGGAUCCUCUGUGUUUUCAGUGUGUUGAUGAAACGACUUCGAGUGACCAUGAAGAUUCCUAGCGACGGGCAGUGUCCCCCCCCCUUCCCCGCCCCACCCCUUCCUUAAAGCACAGUGUGUGUUUUUUUCUGACAUUGGCUUCCUUGUUUCCAGUGUUAACAGUGUGACAAGACUGAGGUUUUGGGGUGGUGGGGAGGGUUUGGUUUCAUCGCCUCUCGAUGUAGUGGAGCUCUGUACGCGCAUGUAUUGCUCCACUUUGCCCCUAUGUACACCCCCACCCCAGCCUAUACCCCCUGCCCCCCUCCCCUUUACGCUCCCAGUCACCACUGAGCAUGCACCAGAAAGGCUGACUACAGACAGACAAAUACUAUAUAUACAAUAUGAAUAUAUAUAGCAAUUUUAAUGGACUUCUAAUGGACUCUUUUUGUUCAGUUAUAGUUUUAAUUUAUUGUAUUGGUUCAUUCUGGUAAUGAGAAAUAAUAUAAUGUUUUGUGGAUUUUUUUUUUCUUUUUCUUUUGUUGAUUUAUUAUUAUUAUUAUUAUUAAUAUUAUUAUUUGCUGUAUGGUAUUUAUGAACACACACUCAUACAAAUACACACAUUCAACAAACUCAAGCAAGCAAUAUGUGCUGUUCCUUCUUUGGGGAGAGUGAUGUAUGUGAUUUGAAAUGCACUUUUUUUUUUCUGUUCCAGUUGCCAUCCACUCCUGCAGUUUGUACCAAAACACCCCGGCAACGUGAAACUCCAUAAGCUCUAGUGGCUCUAGUUUUUGAUUGUACAAAUAUAGAAGCCUCUGGUUGGUGUUAAAAAAGAUGGCACAGACGUCCCACUGUUAAGAUCUCUAACAGGAUCUCUGUUUGAGCUCCUCGGCGAUGUGUGUGUGUAUUUGUGGAUUCAUUACGUUUGAGUACUCGAAUAAAGAGAGCGUGUGUGGGAGACGGAGUGGCUUAGCUCUGUCCGAUCAGUCUCGUGCAAAGUAAGCCGGGAUGUUAGAAGCGCUUACGCCGAUUUCGUUGAGGGUUUAUGUGACAACUAUAUGCAAACAGAUGCAGGCUACUUCAUAGUUUGGAGAUUCAAAGACGUCCGACUCACACGAGUGUCCUCGCCGCUGGCUCCUCCGCAGCACACAGCCACACACUGAGGUAGCCGGCACGAAUUCAUCAUCACAGUGCGUCCCCCAAAGCUGAAACAAACACCCGCACACACGUACUAUACUGUAUGCACUUACACACAUAUACUCAUACAUGUAAACCACAGGCCCUACACUUAUACAAAGACACACACUCACACACACACCCUUUUGUUUGUUCUCAGGGGAUCUUUCAGUGAGCCAAGCCCGGCACAGGGUACACAGCUGCUGGUACAUCAGCACAACGCAUGUCCCUAAAGCCCCCUCACUUUCCUUCUCUUUUUUUUUUUUUUUUUUUUUUUUUUUUUUGCUCUUCUUUCUUAUUUUUCCAAAGCUUUGAUACACACAGCGUUACAAAAUGGAACGAAAAAAUAAAAAAUAAAACAAGAGGAUCUCCGUAUCCUGAGGUGGUAGAAAUGAAACUUUGCUCUCCUGGUGCGAGAUGGUUAUUUAUUUAUAAUGUAAUAUGUGAUUUUUUUUUUUUUUCUUCGACCCUUGAUUAGCUUUUCUCUAUGGCGAACUCUGCCCUUUGACCUUGACCCUAUGUGCUGCUGUAGCUAAGUUCAGAUAGGUUUCCUGUGUUCAGUUCUCCCCUCUAACUGGCCCGAGGCUCAAGCAGCCUCUCUUCUCCUUUCCCUCCUUUCUAUAUUUUUAAGAAAAAUGUUGUUAUAAUUAUUUAUGACAUGUAACAAAAUGAUGCAGGCUGUCCCAAUUGCUAAAAUUGUUGGUAUUGAUUUAUUAUUAUUGUUAUUAUUAUUAUCAUUAUUAUUAUUAUUAUAUUGUGUAAAUAGCAACGCAUCUAAGAACAUUGAUGAAUUUAGGUGAGUUUUUAAAAGAAAAUCCUGAUACCUUAGGCUGCUUGACGCAAAAAUACCUCAGGUUCUAUUGAAAGGCUUUUCCUUCCCCUGUACAUGUUUUGUGAAAAUGAGACAAAAAUACAGACAUGACAAAAUCUGAA